GCCUAGCGACCGGUGUAAACAAACGUGGGCGCGGGGCGGGCGCGAGGAAGCCGCGGAUCUUUGCGGCGGGAGGGAAGGAGGGCGGUUUCGCCUCGGGUGCGGCGGGACGCGGCGCCCCGCUCCUCCUCGUCCCGCCAGCAGCGCAGGCUCCGUGGCGGGCGGCGAGGGGUGGCUCCCCCCGGGGCGGGCGAGGAGAAGCGCGCCUCGCCGGACGGAGAGUUUCCGAGUUCCUCCUUCCCUGCGCGCAAAUCUCCUUUUCUCGGAGGGGCGGCGCGGGGAUUGCAGCCCGACGGCGAGAGGCAACUAUCCCGACUUUUGUUUUGGGUCAUUUAGCAACAUCUGAAGCGCUUGCUUGGGAGGGAGCCCUCUUGGCCGCUUUGAGGAGGGGGGGGGUCUUACUUCUGAGUAAACAGGCCUAGAUAGGUUCGGGCUGUAAAGGAUCUUUAGGCUGUGGAAGACUCUUGUGACUUGUGAAAGGAAGUAUUUUGCAAACUGUGUGUUAUUCUUUGCGUGGUUCUGUUGCAUCCCUUUUCCCAUUACAGUGGUACCUCAGGUUAAGUACUUAAUUCGUUCCGGAGGUCUGUUCUUAACCUGAAACUGUUCUUAGCCUGAAGCACCACUUUAGCUAAUGGGGCCUCCUGCUGCUGCCGCGCCGCCAGAGCACGAUUUCUGUUCUCAUCCUGAAGCAAAGUUCUUAACCUGAAGCACUAUUUCUGGGUUAGCAGAGUGUGUAACCUGAAGCGUAUGUAACCCGAGGUACCACUGUACUUGUUAUGAGGAGAGUCAUACUGUAAUAUUAUGCUUUUUAUUGGUUCCAGACAAUGUUUCUUACACGAACUUGGGGGGGCCCCGCAUGCUCCCAACUCCACCCCCACCACCCCACAAAAGAGGUAGGUUAGGCGAGAGAUAGUGACCUUGUGUGAUUCUGGGUCUCCCCAGUCCUGUUUGUAUGGUAUCCAGUCUAGCAUGGUCACACACACACACACACACACACACACACACACCUUUGAUUUCUGUGGCUAUUAUACAGUCCUACCUCGGGUUACAGAUGCUUCAGGUUGUGUUUUUUCGGGUUACAGACCACCCAAAUCCGGAAGUACCGGGUUACUUAUGGGUUUCGGUGGUCGCACAUGCACAGAAGCGCAAAAUCACACUUUGCACAUGCGCAGAAGCGCUGAAUCACAGCCCGCAUGUGCGCAGACGUGCAGUUGCGGGUUGCGAACACUGCGGGUUGUGAAUGUGCAUCCCACAUAGAUCACGUUCACAGCCCGAGCGUCCACUAUAUAUGCAUAACACAUGGGAGUUCAACAGGUUGUGGCUCUUGACAGCAUUUAGAAAAAUGUUCCCCUGUCAAAGUUCUGUUUGUUGGUUUUAUUGAUCUUGAAGAGCCUCAAGCAGUUCUGGGAUAUAAAAUGAGAGAAGAUAACUUUUCAGAGCAGUUCUUCAUUAUAGGUAAGAGUAGUUCUUUUGUAGGCAAGAGAAAAGUAAUCUCUAAUAUGUUGCUCUUUGUUCCCCGUUAAGUGCUGAAGACUGAGAAUAUAAUGAAGACAGAAAUAAAGAGAAACUCUCUCAAAGUGAAGUUUGCAAAGUAAGCGGGAAUUGUUUCACACACAAGCUGCAAUGGAAGAGAUUCCAGUUAAAGUAGCAGUAAGAAUAAGACCUCUACUUUCAAAAGAAGUGCUUCACAACCAUCAAGUAUGUGUGAGGUUAAUCCCAAAUACUCAACAGAUUAUUAUCGGAAAGGACCGUGUUUUCACGUUUGAUUUUGUUUUUGGAAAACAUUCAACCCAAGAUGAAGUGUACACAACAUGUAUUAAGCCAUUGGUGGCAUCUUUGAUAGAAGGGUAUAAUGCUACCGUUUUUGCCUAUGGACAGACAGGCUCUGGAAAGACUUACACUAUUGGAGGAGGUCAUGUUGGUAUGUGUUUGAAACCUUAUAUUUUAUGAUGAUUUAAUCAUAGUUUUCUUUCAACGUUCUUUUAUGUCUCACCAUUGGUAAAGCGACAAUAAGGAAACUUCUGCAUAAACUGCAUAAUCUGUUGAUAUCUGUUGUGUGUGGUUUUUUUUUACUUCUCUUCCUCUUAAAAAAAGACGUAGCCAAAAUUCUUCACUAAAAUGUGCUUUUUCUGUUAUGCAGUGCAAAGAGUACAACUGUCUGCCUAACAGCACUUUUAUGUUAAUUGCUGCCAUAUUGAAGUAUUCUUAAUUAGCCAAAGUAUUUAAAAUGUACCAAACUAUUCUAAUCUUAGUUUUCUGCUGAAACAUGGAAUACAGAAGCUAUCCAGAACAGAGAGUUAAUCUAGAUUACUCUCAUAGUAGUUAAAAAUAGAAUUUAUGAAACACCACUUUCUUAGUAAGGGAUUCACUUUGGUACAGUACUUCCCAAUAAAAUAAAAUAAAUCUAUUAGCCACUCAUUAUCAGUUAGAUUUUAGGGAACAUAAUGUGUUUGUGAUAGGUGGUCCAUCUCCUGGCUUUCCAUAGUAAGAUUUCAAGUUGUACUGAUGUGAAGCUGUGCCAUAGGUAACGACCACAAAGUAAUAUGGUGUUUGUGCCAGUCAUUGUCCAUAAGGAUGCAGAAGGAAGUAUCAUUGUCAGGUCAUUCUGCGCUAUGGUGUCAUGUGACAUUUUAAAAAAUGCAUUGGCAGUACCACAAUUUAUUUAUCUAUUAAAUUUAUAUAUCUAUUUAUCUAUUAAAUUUAUAUCUCUCCCUUCCUCCCUUCCAAAGUGAGCACUACCCACUUUGUACAUUAAAGCAAUUUAUUCGUUUGCUGAAGAAAUUGGGAAAAAUCAUAUUGUGUCAUAUUAAAUUCUGUUAAACUAAGCCAUAAAUUUUGCACUCACUUUUUAACUACACAUCUGCAGGCGAUUUGGAUAGUACCAAUUUGAUCUUGAAUGCAGACUUAGGAAUAUAGAAAGCUGCCUUAUACAGAGUGAGACAAUUGGUUUAUCUUGUUCAGUAUUGUCUAUGCUGACUGGUAGCAACUCUCCUGGGUUUCAGACAGGAUUCUUUACCAGCCCUGUCUGGAGAUGCCAAGGAUUGAGCUGUCUGCAUGCAAAACACGUGUUCUACCAUUGCUCUAAGCUAAGGGUCUUGGUUGUUUUUGUAUCAUGACUCAAAGUCAGAAAUGCUGGCCUUUUAAAAAACAAAACAUUGUGUUUUUUCUCUUCUUUCUUUUUUACUUCCUGCUAAAGUUCAGAGCAUGGCUUGACUCCACAAUUCUAAUAGCAGGAUACUGUAUCGCUUUCAAUAUGUUUGCAGAAUUCUGAAAUCAGACUCCUGCUGUUCAAAUAUUGAUGAUGUCAAUAGAUAGGCUGUUCCAUUGUAUAGGAAAGGAGCUGUUUUGUGUUUCCAGUGACCUGGGCUUAGGUUGAUUAUAAUAUCAAAACUAAGUAUUAUAAUGAAAUAAUUGAAGACAGCAUUUACUCUCUUGAAUCAUGUUUACUGGCUAUACGUAGCCAUCAGUACUGGACUUCAUAUUUGGUUCAGGCCAUUCUCUGAGGGUGUUGAGGGCUCUUUUUGGUCUUGUACAUUGUUGGAUAUUUUCAGUUGGCAUAAGGUGUGCACAAUGUGCUCUGUAGGCUUUGACCAAUUCUUUCCCCUCUUGGAUGAGUAUAUUUGGCAAAUACUUUUUUUAAUUUGUAACCAAUUAUUUGUUAUCUCUGAGAGGAAAUAUUUAUUUGUGUGACCUUGACAGGAUUAAAUGACUCAUAUUCAUAAAGCUAAGAAGCCGUCAGAACCUUUGUGGAAUUUCCAUGUGUACAUCUUUAGCAUUUGAAUGUACAAAUUUUAGCUGGGUGCUUAGGCUGUUUUCUUGUUUCAUUUUAGCAUCAGUUGCAGAAGAAGAGAGAGGUAUCAUUCCACGUGCAAUUGAGGAAAUAUUUCAGAUUAUUUCAGAAAACCAUAAUAUUGAUUUCACUGUGAAAGUUUCUUACAUCGAGGUCUACAAAGAGGAACUCAGAGAUCUUUUGGAACUAGAAACCUCUAUGAAAUAUCUACAAAUUAGAGAAGACGAAAAGGGCAAUACAGGUAAUUAUUUAAACUUAAUUUGUCUGUUUGCUCUUGCUUGCUUGGCAGUAAGUAAUGUUAUAAAUUAAUUUUUAAAACAGACAAGUAUUGAUGUCAAAAAUCUACUGCUAACAAGAAAAUUCUAAUAGUAUAUCAUUACAUCCAAAAUAUUGCAUGAAAACAGUUGCCUCUGCUUUGGUAUGAAUGUAAUUUAAAGUCUUUACAGAGAUGAAAAUAUAUAUUGGGUUGGAGCAAGACUGCCCAUGGGUAGAACUCUGCUACGAGAAUUCUCCUGCUGGAGGAAGUGAGGAAGGCAAUAUACUCUGAUUUCCCUUUUCUCCUGCAACCCAAUGUGUCCCCUGUAAAGCUGGUCCCGAGAAGCAACUUCUUUAUGCUGUGCAUCAUUGUUGAUGAUAAUGUCACUUGUGGUUUAAGUAGAUGCUUGAAAUUAGGCAAGUCUUUAAAACGGGUGUGAUAACUUGCUGUUUAAUACCUAAUAACAUUCUGUUUAUAGCUAAACAUGUCCACUGUUGCCCUAUAUUUUUUAGUUAGAGUAAUUUUUCUCCACCCAAACUGUCUUCCAGUUGUAAUAUUUCAUGAAAUUUUCAUAUAACACAUUUGGCCCUCCAGGCCCCUCUAUCCCUACAUCCCUGGUGUACUGGUUUUACGGAUGCCGAUGCUUGUUCCGAAAUGAACAGGGACGAGAGAGUGACACAGAGUUUUUUAAAGGUCACCAAAACAUACAGCUAUGAACUUGGGAAGCAAAUUACGUGUGCUUGAGUUUGCUUUUCCCUUCUCCCUCCUAUUCUUUUUUUCUUGUGCGUUGUGUCUUUUUAGAAUGUGAGCCUGAGUGCAGGGCCAGUCUUAGUACUGAUUUUUGUGAGCUGCUCUGAAAGCCCUUUUUAUUGACUAAAGGACAGGGUAUAAAUGCUGUAAAUAAAUAAAUAAAAUUUAACUAUAGAGCAGCAUUGUCAGCCUUUUGUCUCCCAUUAAUUCCAAUCCCAAUUUUUAUGCCAUUUUAUUUUUUAAUAUUAUUUUUAUUACAUUGAUCAGUCACUAUAUACAGAAGAAGAAAAAUAUAGUAUGAAACUUAGUGUGUUUUUACCAAGUCUGACUCUUGCUCCAUCUAGCUCAGUAUUGUCAACACUGUCUUGUCAGCAGCUCACCAGUUUUAGACAGGAUUUGUUCCCAGCUGUCCCUGAGAUGCCUGAGAUUAAAUACACUUUGUGUGAUCAGCCAUGGUGUGUGUGUGUGCACACUCACUGUUAAGUUGUGGGUGAACAUAUCAGACGACACAGCGAUUCUUCAAACAGCUAUUGUUUAUUCAGAGGCCAGAACAGAACUGAACUGAAGGGUUCAGCCAGUCUGCUUAUAUAGAGCUCCACUAGAAAGUAACUGUAACAACUUUCUGUAACUAUCCAAUCACUGAACGUCACUUUCGAUCCCUUAUUUGCAUAUGUGGACCUGAACUAUCUACAGUAUCCCCCUGCUGGCCCAGGGUGAGAACUUCAGUACAUAACACUCACAGCACUCUUCCAGAUGCUCCUAGUGAUUCCGAAUUAUUGCUUUUCCAUUGUAAGCUACAAGUGGAAUUGCAACUGAUUUUCCCUGCUGUUAGGAGCAUUGUGCUUUCUGUCUACGCCAGUGAGUGUGACAGAGUUGCUGUAGAUAGGAUCAAUUGCAGCUCAGCACACAUUCCCUUGUGGAGAGUGUCAUUUAAUAACCACACUGUUAUUUUUUCAAAUUAAAGAGGUAUAGUGCUAUAAGAAUACUGUUGUAGUGCUGUAACACUGUACUACAUUUUAAAAUGUAGGCAGAGAAGCAUUGGCAAUAGGUAGAUUAAACAAACAGAUCAGGGUCAUAAAAUGCUGCCCACAACCAAUGUUGCAAUGUGUGUUGUGUGGUGAUAGGUUCACUUUCCCAAUACAUCACUGCCACUGUCAAAACUUUGUCCUUUUUAAAAACCUGGAAGAGUAGUAUAAAAAGUGACUGAAUGUGGAGAUUGUGCUUCUGAAAAGAGGUGGACUUUCUGAGGUUAGAUAAUAGGGAAAUCUAGUAUGACAGUGACUGGAUGAUGGUGAUGUGUGAGGGCCCCAUAAAAGGUAAAUGAACAAAGUGGGGCAAUUCACCCUAAAUACCUAAUGUGGAAACACAUAGAACACACCCCAUUCAAAUAUCCACUCUUCAAACGCUUGCAGUUAUUUAUAAUUAACAGCUGCAUACUUCCUAAUGCCAUAAUUAAUUUGUCAAAUGUCUUCUUGAAUGAGGCAUAUGAGUUUUAAUAGUCUAUAUUUUGCGGUUAGCUUUGUUUACUAUUCUUUAUGGUUUGCUCUUUAAAAAUGUGUUUUUAAAUUUAUUUUUAAAGUAAUUGUUGGUGCCAAAGACUGCCAGGUUGAAAACGUGGAUGAAGUAAUGAGCUUGUUAGAAACCGGAAAUGCCGCUCGACAUACAGGCACAACCCAAAUGAAUGAGCAUUCUAGCCGAUCUCAUGCGGUUUUUACAAUCAGUAUUUGUCAACAACAGCAACCUGGUCAGACUCAGAAGGACACAGAUUCUGCGCAAGAUUCACCUCAAAGUUCAAGCCAGCUGAUUGCUUCCAAGUUCCACUUUGUUGAUCUCGCCGGCUCUGAAAGAGUAACAAAAACUGGGAACACUGGUGAAAGGUUCAAAGAAUCAGUUCAGAUCAACAGUGGCUUAUUGGCUCUGGGAAAUGUGAUAAGUGCGCUUGGGGACCCAAAGAGAAAAAGUGCACAUAUUCCAUACAGGGAUGCAAAAAUUACACGUAUUCUUAAGGACUCCUUAGGAGGCAAUGCCAAGACUGUCAUGAUAACUUGUAUUAGCCCAUCAUCAUCGGAUUUUGAUGAAUCACUAAAUUCCAUCAAAUAUGCCAACAGAGCCAAAAAUAUUAGAAACAAACCUAUUGUCAACUACAACCCAGACUGGGACCUUAUUGACGAAAUGGAGUUUGCCAUCAAGAUACUCCGUGAAACUGUGCAAAACCAGCAGAUUAGUGGACAGGUCCCUGGCAGUCAAGGGUCACAGGAUUCAUUUCGGGACAGAAACAAAAUCCGCUCUCUUGAGGAGCAGCUUGCCCAGCUUCAGGUGGAAAGUUUUAACUACCGAAAUUGCAUGGAAGAAGCCUAUGUGUUCUUUGCUGAAUUAAAAAAUCUUGCCACCCUGUCAAAAAGUCAACAGGAAAGAUUGCAAGAUUGGAUAUGUGUGGCUCAGGAACUCAGGAGAGAGGCUUCUUCAGUCAUUCCCCAGGUAAACUGUGGAAGUGGAGGUAACCAAGAAGGACCACAUCACAUCACAAUUCUUCAGCUGAAGAGAGAGCUGAAGAAGUAUCAGGUAUUUUACUGUAAAUUUAAUGCAAGUGGUGAGAAUACAUAAAAAGGAAAUCUACGCUGUAACUGGAAAGUUUAUCCAUUCUUAAUCAAGGUUCUUUGUAAAUUGCACAUACAUUGUUUGCUCAUCUGGAGGGCAAAUCAAAUUUGCUAGAUGUCCAAAAAAUAGAUUUUAUUCAUUAGGAUAAUAUUUUAAGCAGAAUUGUAAGGUUUGGAGGAAUAAAAAUCUGCAUCAGCUUUACAUGGCUGAAUUACAUAUUAGUUCCUUAUUUUUUAUAUUCUUCUGCAGCUUGAAUACAGAUAAUACUAUACCACAGCAAAACUGAAGUAUUGGGAGAGUCUGACAUAAGGGUGAAAUAAUUAUCUCAUACAAAAUGAUGUCUUAUAUAUGGAUUGAUGUGGUGAUACCUGUUUGUAAGGGAGGAAAUUUGCCUUUACCUUAUUCAGAAUUUGCUUUAGAACACUGAUAAAACACAAUGUGCUAAAUUUAUUUUCUACUUUUAUUAAUAAUAACAAAUUGGCUCCUAAUUCAUUGAUAAAAUUGCAGAAUCUCAUUGAAAAUAACUAAAAUAUUAAUAGUUGUUUAGUUCUGUGGGGCAUCUUUGUUUGUGUGUUGCCAAUUUGCCUUAUAUUUACAGUCUUAUCGCUUCUUGGCUAGUGCAUGAUUCCUUGUUAUGUAUUGUGGUGACUGAAGGAAUCAGACUACUGUAUAUCUCUCUGCAUCCUGCCACUGAGUGAAAAACUAAAAAUUCUCAGCAGGGGUGUUAUACAAGGGAAGGUGAAAGUGCAACUCCCAUGCUGGUAGUUUUGAACAGCUGUUUCUGCUAGGUCACACAUACCUUGUUGGUCUACACUUCAUAAUAGUGCUAGACACAAAACCUGUAAAGAGAAACUCAUUUCCCCAUUUCAGCCAAGGUUUACUGUUCUCAUUCUAGUCCCUACAGCCAAAAAAAAAAAUCCCACAUGAAACACAGAUAUAUAUAGUUGUUGUUUGUGCCAGUUUUGAUUACUUCAUAGAAAAAAAUCCCUUGUUUUUGCUUCCUGUGAUUUAAAGUCAUAUACUGUAAUCAAAGGCAAAGCAUUAAUAACCAAUAACAUCCCUCUUUUAACUUGCUGUUGUCCUAGAUUGUAACAAAUACUAAGGGCUGUAUUUAAAUUAUAUAUAUAGUAGCUUUGCUUUCUAACAGUUUCUGUUCAGGUGGUAGAAUAAAAUAUAUCUAACUAAUGGAGGAGAAAAUACAUUCAAGUUCCAAUGUGCACUUUGUGCAAGACCCUCCAUUUCAUAUAUUUGGUAUUCUUUUUAACCCCUUAUUACCUAGCAGGCUCUUGCUACCGAUGCAGAAGUGUUUAGUGAGAGAGAGCUUGAGAUAAAAGUAUUGCAAGAUCAAAUACAGAAACUGAUAAAGGAGAAUCAAGAAUAUAUGGAAUUGCUGAAGGAGGCCCAAGAGACAAAUAGGCUACAGGUAACUUUCCGUUGUGCUGGUUAUUGGUGAAGGCUGUAUGAAGUAAUAUUAAAGCUGUCAAUCUUAUAUAAAUGAUUAAACCAACAUAGUGGAAAUAAUCUUAACCCAAGGGAAGUAAUCUGCAACGGACAUUAUCUGAAAGUCUUAAUAGUGAUAUUCAUGUUCAUUUUAGAGCAAUCAGAACUUCUAUUUAUUAUACUAACUCCCAAGAUGUAUCGAUUCACUAGAAAGGAAUACAAGAGAAAUUCAGUAUCUCAGCCUAAUCUACCUCACAGUGUUGUUGUAGGAAGGAAGGAAGGAAGAAAAAAUUCAGUAGCAAGAACUGUUCAGGCUCAUGUAUUGGUCAGCGAGGGCAGAAAUUACUUAGUUUUGCAAUUUUGUCAGAUUUUUGAUAAAUACAUAUUUUGUUUUGUUUGAAGAAUGAUAAAAUGGUGGAGCAGCAGCUUAUAAUUGACCGGCUAAAUGACAAGUUAGAGAAAAUUACAAAAGCCUCUGCCUCCAGUGGUGGUUGUGGAGAUGGACCAGCUGGUGUGAUAUCUUCAAAAAGACCAUACAGUGUUCCUCUAACUAAACGUUUGGUUCAAUCCUUUAAUGCUACCGUGGGGCUGGAUUCUCGAAAGGUAUUUUUUAUUUAACAAGUUUUAUAUAGUGCUUGAUUGUAAGGAAGCCUCUAAGCAGUUUAGAAAAAUAUAAAAUACAACAUUAAAUUGCCGAAUAGACUGUUAAAAACUGGUAUUAAAAACAUUCAAAAGAUGAUUUAAAAUGUAUGUAUGAAUAUUACCAUCUUUUUUCUGAUAUAUAAGUACGGUACAAAAGUGACCAUUCUCCACCACAGUAAAUGGUAUAUCUGACUUUUUGAAUGCCACUUCUCCAACCAUAUUGAGAAAGUUUCUGGUAGCUUGCAGGUUUGCAGCUUCAUCUUUAGUUGAAGAAAACCAUCUUAGAACAGAAUUCCUCCCACUGGAUUCAAGAGGCAGGGCAAAGACGGCAGAUCUCCUGAUUCACCUGGAAGGUUUUUAAGAACAUUAGAAGAUCCCAUCUAGUCCACAAUAAUGUUCUUGCAGCAGCCAGCCAGAUGCCUAUAGGAAGCCUUCCAGCAGGACCCGAGUGCCAUGCCGCUCUCCCCACCUGCAAUUCCCAACAGAAUUCAGAGUAUUCUAGUAUUUGGAGGCAUACAGCCUCCAACAGUAGAGGCUGAACAAAGCCAUCGUGGCUAGAAGCUAUCUAUAGCCUUAUUCUCCAUGGAUAUCCGGUCCUUUUUUAAAGCAAUUGAAGUUGGUGGCCAUCACUAUGUUAUGUUUUAUGUUACAUUAUGUUACUGUUUAUCGGCUGCCUUUUGGCCAAAAAAGCCCUCCAAGACAGCUCAUAAAGAGUAACAAACAAAUACAGGGUGGAAUUCAGUAUUGCGCUAUGGUGAACAUAUUGCAGCGCAAGCAUUACAGCUUGCCAGAUGGAACAACGCCCCACUUCCCCAUCCUCACUGCUCUGGAGGCUCUGCUAAUACCAUCGCCACCACUGCUCAAGCCAAUAUCUGGUUAGUAUGUAUGAUUAGGACUGUGGAGACCUAGGCUCAGAUCCCCAUUCAUCCAUGAAGCUUACAGGGUACGUGCGCCAGUCACAUCCACUUAGGCAAGCCUAUCUCACAGGUUUGUUGAGAGUAAGAUGGGCAAGUGAAGAGAACUCUAUACCUCACUUUUUAUUUUGUUCUGUGUAUAUCACAAUGUUCUUUUGUUGCUGUGGCCGAUGGCUGACACAAAUAAAGUUUCAUUCAUUCAUUCUAUAUCCCACUUUGAGUUCUUUUGGCAACCGUUUUUUUACAUCUCUAAAGGUACACACAAGCCCUCCAAAAUAUUCGCUCAACAGAGUAAUGGCUGGAUUUCGAACCCGUAGCCAAAUAGUGUUGGAUCAUGUAGAAGAACAAGAUGAAGUUCUUCAUUGCUGCUUUUCUGAUCACAGUGAUGAAGAUGAAAGAAAUGCCAAGAACAGAAAGAGAACCCUAUUUAGGUACAUAUUUUGUCCUGUUUUAUGGCUGUGUAUUUAGGAGGAAAUACUGGCCUACUACAGACCUGGGUCAAAAUGUAAAUGCAUAUCAGGGUUAUGCUAGGCAUUCAUACAAAGUUGAAUGUACAGGUGAUUAGCACUGGAGUAGCUCGAGGUUGUAACAGAGAUGUACUUGAAUAAAUAGGGCUGGACUGUUAAAUAUGUGUCUUUUAGCACAGGGCAUUAAGUUGAGGUGGGUAUAAGGCAGGAACAGUGGAAUUCUAGCUCUGCACCAGUAGAACAAACCAGAAGGCAACUUGGCUACAAAGGAACGUCAGAGCAUUCAGUGUAAGUAUUUUUAGUAGUACCCCACCCAUCUGACUGGGUUGCCCCAGCCACUCUGGGCAGCUUCCAGCAUGUAUAAAUAUAUAAAUAUAUAAAUAUAUAAAUAUAGUAAAACAUUAAACCAUAAAACACUUCCUUUAAAGGGCUAUCUUUAGAUGUUUGCUAAAUGUUAUAUAAUUACUCAUCUCCUUCACAUCUGAUGGGAAGGCACUCCACAGGGUGGGCACCACUACCAAGAAGGCCCUCUGCCUGGUUCCCUGCUUAUGGAUUUGGCAGUCAUGUGAAGCAUUGCCAGAGAAAAACACCUCAAACAUGUGGUCUCAAAACUGUAUUUGUAGGGUUUAAUCAAUUAAAAUGCGUGGUUUAAUUUUACUCUUUGUUGUUUAGUCGUUUAGUUGUGUCCGACUCUUCGUGACCCCCCGGACCAGAGCACGCCAGGCACUCCUGUCUUCCACUGCCUCCCGCAGUUUGGUCAGACUCAUGUUUGUGGCUUUGAGAACACUGUCCAAGCAAUUUUUUAAUAUAUUUUUUUUACUCUAGACGCUCCUUAAAUCGUACAUGGACACGAAAACAAGCUCCUCCCAGCUCUACACAUGAACCAAAAGAGAUGCAGCACAAUUCCAUUUCACAAAAUGAAAACAUUUUACAGAUGGAAACUGAUACAGGUAAGGAAAGGAAAUGGAUGCUACGGUGCAAAAAACAUUUUCAUGUAUCAUGCGUUCUGCUAAUAAUUAUUAGGGACAUUAGGGUCCAACGAGUAGUAUUGGUCUUGUAGUGUGGAAACAUUGAUCAGGAUCUGUAAGAUUAAUUUGGGAGUGUGACAUUUGCCAUAGGGUGCUAACCAUUGUAAUCUUUACAAAACUCAGCAAAAAAUGCAUAAAAAGGAAUAGAAGUUGCCAUCAUAUUAUUAUUUAUUAACUUUCUGUUGUUGUUUAGUCGUCUUAGUCGUGUUCGACUCUCUGUGACCCCACGAACCAGAGCAUGCCUUGGAAACUCUCACUUUCUUCUCAAAGUUCCUUUUUUAUGUAUGUCCAUGGAGUUUUCUUGGCAAAAUACUGGAGUGGUUUGCCAGUUCCUUCUCCAGGUGGAUCACAUUUAGUCUAAACUCUCAGCUAUGACCUGUCUGUCUUGGGUUGCCCUGCACGGCACAGCUCAUAGCUUCUCUGAGUUAUUCAAGCCCCUUCGCCACGGCAAGGCAGUGAUCCAUGAAGGGGUAAAUUUCUAUACCACCCUUCAUUUAAGGAUUGCAGUAUCUACUUCACAACAUUGAUUGCUCAUGUUCAAAUGCAAGUGGCAUUGGACAUGCCUUUUACCAUGUUCUAGCACAACAUACUACCACAAACAUAUUAACCAAUGUGGCACAAAUUGUUAACCAAGGUCUGUACCAGGUGUGGGGACGUGGAUGUGGCUGGAGGACUAGAUUCUGAGUUGGUUCACCCUCUGUAGACGACUUUGACAAGUGGGUGGUGUCUGAGUCUCCUCUCUUGUUCAAAAAUAUAAAUAAAUUUUACUUCCUAAAUGUGUAAUCUACUUUUGCUCCAUGGGUGCUAAAGCAGAUUUAUAGCUAAAAAUCUCUUUAAGCUCUGAAAUGAGCUGUACAUUCUUUAAAAGAUGAUUCUUUCUUUCCGAGGUGCUGAUAUUGAAUGUAUUCAGAAAAGUCAAAUACUGAAUAGGCAGAAAUUGAAGAACUCAGAACUAAAGCUUAUUGCUGCUAAGCAAAAAAUGAGUGAACUGGCCCUUAAUAUAAGAAUGAAGGAAGAACUUAUUAAAGAGCUGGUGAAAACAGGUAACUGGCUUUUGCAAGUUGAAUUUUAUAAAAAUGGAAACAUGUCAAAAAUGAUACCUUAAUUACUGUUACAGUCAAACCUUGGUUGUCGAAUGUAAUCCGUUCCGGAAGCCCGUUCAGCUUUUGAAAUGUUUGACAACCAAGAUUUCUGAUUGGUUGCAGGAGCUUCUUGCACUCAAGCAGAAGCCACAUUGGAUGUUUGGCUUCCAAAAAAAGUUCAAAAACCAGAACACUUACUUCCACAUUUUUGUUAUUUGGGAGCCAAAACGUCCCAAAACACAGAAUUGGUAACUUGGCACUCUAUUCAAGGAAAUCAUCCAUAUGCACAAGGAGUUCCACUUAUGCAACAAAACUUCCUCUCCUCGCCCCAUGUCCGUGGGUUAGUAAGUCCAUUUCAGUCUAAUAAAGUGGUAGGUGGGGAGGACACAACCACAACUUGGAGGAAAGGGUGGUGAUAUAUAUGUGUAUACAGAGAGAGAGAGAUAAAGAUUAAUAGGUUUGUGGGUUUUUUUAAAAAAAGGGAAGAAGUUCCUUUUGAGCAGUGAACUGCUAUGUUGUCAAAAGUUACAAAUGAUGCCUUUGCUUUUAAUUUGUGGAUGUUUAAGGUAAUGAUGCCCAAUCUGUAAGUAAGCAGUAUUCACUGAAAGUAACACAACUUGAGCACGAAGCAGAGCAGGCCAAAAUGGAUUUAGCUGAAACACAAAAGCAACUGCAGGAGCUAGAGAACAAGGAACUACGAGACAUUGCUGAAAAAGCCAGGUUACAAAAAGAAUUCAGAAAGAAGAUGGAUACAGCAAAGCUAAAAGUACAGGUAUGUGUAGUUGGGAAACUAAUUUCCCAAUUUCCUUACAUGGCAAGUUGACGUAGGAUCUUAUGUACUCCAUUGUAUCAACUUAAUGAUAGUAUUCUCUCAAACAAAUAAAUAGUUUAGGGAUGGUAGAGCAUGGUGGCUUAGAAACAGAGCCAUUGACCAGGAAGUCAUUGGUUUGGAAUUACUAGGUAGCAUCUAUUUAUACCACUUCCUAUAUUGGUACUACCCACAAUUCUCUUUCAGACUUGCAGCACAUUCCCAUCUAUUGUGCAUUUUGUUUUAUUAGCCAGGUAAUUUCUUGUAUAGCCCAGGUGUAUGUGCCAUAUAAAACCAGCAAUGCAAAUUUAACUAGUCACAAGUGAUUUCCCAGGCAAUGGACUACUUUUGGGAAUAUGCAGUGUUAAUAAAUUCUGCUUCUAGGCAAAUACCCAUGGCCAUGGUUGAUGAUGUUUAUACAUCAUAGUACCCAUUGCUCCCCACCCCAUGCAAGACUUGGUUUAUGUUCUGCCUACCCGUUUUUCUUUAAAGUAAAAUAUAUUUUGUACAGCUUGCCUCUCUACUUAAAAAACAACUCUGCAAGGAGGCUUAACAAAAGCCACAUAGCUAAACAUAUUAAAGUGGUCAACUUUACAAUUAUAAACAACACAAUAAUAGUACAAUACAGUAUAGCAAGAUGGACUAAACUGGCUAUGUUGCAUUAGGACUUGCAAAGAAAACAGCAGGACACUAAGAAACUGGCAUCGCUGUCCACCCAGAAUGAGAAACGUGUAACUGAACUGGAGCAGAAUGUCAGUCACAUGAAAAAUCAGCAAGCCCAGCUUCAGAAAAGAUUGCAAGAGGAGAGUGAAAAAAAGAAAAGCUUGGAGGCAGAAAUUCAGCAGGGCCAGCUGCAGAUAAAGGCAAGAGAUUUCAUUUCUGUAUGUCCUAAUAAAACUGUAAUACCAUUUUCAUAGCCUUCUGUGAGACAUAUCAUUGGCACUUUUCCUGUAGAACAUCAUGCAGUACUAAGAUGAUUUUUGUGUCAUUUGUAAACCAGGUAAAUCCCUGGUUCAAAUUUCACAUCAGCUCCGAAUGCACUAGGUAACCUAGGCAAAUUGCUGUCUCUGAGUAUGAAGUAAUAAAAACCUGCCUUACAGAGUUCCUUGUAAAGAUUACUGCAUCCAAAGAACUCUGAAGAUUCUGAAGUGAUACAUACACAUCUUUUCCUGAUAUUUGUAUUUUGAAAUACUUGUAACCCAUCAGUUUGUUUUAAGGCUCAUAUGUUAGAACUUCCAGUGCUGUCACGACUACUUUCUGUUACUAAAAUAACAGACCUUAACUACCAGGCUAGGUUCAAGGGGCUGGUUCUGGUGUGGAAGGUCCUGUACAGCUUGGGACCAGGAUGCCUAAAGAAUAGUUCCAUCCUUUAUACGCCCAGUCAACCACAGCACUCUGCAGGAGAGGGUUUCCUGCAAAUACAAUCUUAUUAGGAGGUCCGUUCCACACAAUAUUGGAUUUUGACCUUUAGUGUUCUGUUGAAUAUUAAACAGGUACCAUCUCUGUUAUCUUUUCGGCACCCACUAAAGACCGUCCUCUUUAAAGCAGCCUUUUUCUUUCCCAAGCUGCAUCUGUACUGGAAUUGUUUUUGGAUAUUUUAAUUGUUUUAUUGCUUGUCUGAUUUCCGCCCUAGGCUCCUUUGAGAGGAAAAGCAGGAUAUAAAUUUAAUAAAGAUAUGUAGAAUAACAACUAAACUUUAGUUUUCCUUUCAAAAACUGAUCUAAUGUGUAAAAAGGAUUCUUCCUUUACUUACAGGAGCUCCAACAAAAGACAGAGCAGCAGGAAAAGAUUCUAAAACUAAAAGAUGAAGAAAUUGCUGCAUUUAAGAGAAAAAACUCAUCUGAAACCACUCAGCAACUGCAGGUAUGCAAUAUUUUGUAAAGUUGGCAAGUUGAAAUGCUACUGACUAAUUUUUGUGGCAGAAGCAUCUUCCUUUACUAGGAUCUACUGUAAAGCUCAAGGAAUGCAACUUGUUAACUUAAUUUUUUAAAAUAGAAAUUCACAAGGAAAAAAUGCUUCUCUAAUUGAAAACAACAGCAACAAGAUAUUACAGUGUUUCAGUUAUUUGGUGUGCUUAAUCAACCAUUUUUUAACUGUACCAUUAAAAACCCUCUGGUUGAUUAAGCAAUUACUAAAAAGCUUGAGAUGCAAUUCUUAACAUGUACACUACCCUGCAAGCCACACAGAUGGAGACAAUGUUGACAUGUAGGGCUUGAAAUACGCAGGGUUCUUUUUUUGCAGAGCGCUUUUAUAUAUAACACUUUGCAAAGCAUUCCUUUGCAUUCCUUCUGACAAUAUUGUUGCUUAACACAGAAGUUGCUGUUUGUGCUGUGUGGAUGUACAGGUGGGCAUGUUUACAAAGUAAUCUGCAUCAAUGUUCUGUGCUCCCCUCCUCUGUUAACACAGAGUCAUCCAUAUAUACCUUUUCAACAGAAAAGGGUGGGGAUAUAGUACAGGGUGCCUUUUACAGUUGCCACUCCUGCUGCUCUAGGGUCAUUCCACACCAAAUCACCUGGCAUCUUGAGUCUGACACUUAUUGCCCAAAUCCUUUGGUUUCAUUCACAAGAAACUUGUUAGACAUUCUUAAAGUACAAAAAUAAAUGAAUACAUUUUUUCUUGCUGAUUCAGAAAGGUCAUAUUGCAUACAGUGAUCAAAACAGCAUCGUUGACCAUAUUUCAUGUACAGUGGUACCUCGGGUUACAUACACUUCAGGUUACAUGCGCUUCAGAUUACAGACUCCGCUAACCCAGAAAUAGUACAUCGGGUUAAGAACUUUGCUUCAGGAUGAGAACAGAAAUCGUGUUCCAGUGGCGUGGCAGCAGUGGGAGGCCCCAUUAGCUAAAGUGGGACCUCAGGUUAAGAACAGUUUCAGGUUAAGAACAGACCUCCAGAACAAAUUAAGUUCUUAACCCGAGGUACCACUGUAUGGGAAACAAAAUAGCUUUGACCAUAUCAUUGCAGAAGUGUUUUACACACAAAAAUGAACAAGGGCUCUGAGAGGUAUUUUGUUUUUAUUAAAUAAUCAAUAAAACCUAAUUUUUAAAAUAACUUCAGAUGACAUUGUAACAUCAGAGGGUACAAUUUUAACUAUUCUCACAAAUGUGUGAGUUAUUUCAGGCUCAAAGAGCCCUUAAACCUGUCCAAAAGAAGUAUUAAAAAAUUGGGGGGGGGGGAGAAUACCUCAAAAUCUAUUUAUUUUAUAACCACAAAAACACCCUCCUUAUUUUUAAAACAUAACAAGUACAUGGUUAGCCCAUUCUACAACAAAAAUAUGAUAGGCGUGUUAGUUGUAGUUUGCGCACUAUGGCUUGUGGUUCGAGGACCCGAUCCCCGCUUAGUGAAAUGAAGACACACGGACACGUAAUAUAAGGUUAAUGGGCAAGAAAAGGCCACAACUUUAUUGAUUACAGCAAGUGAAAAAGUAUUGGCUUAGGCAUUGGAUCACGACAAUUGACUCCACCCACUCGAAGAGGGUUGAGCCUAAAAGGGGGUUUAUUCACCAGUAGGUGGAGCCUGUUGAUGCUAAUCCAACUAUAAGCUCUCCCCUGAUGUCACCGAGGGUCGUGCCAUGGCCCCCCACCACACAGGCAUCGGACAGGAUCCACGACCGCCGGAUUCCUUUAACGGAAUACCCAAAAUUGAAGGCGUAGGCGAUGGCCACACCUAGCCCUUCCACACACCACAAACACAUUCCAGUGCCUAACCUACCCACCAAUACCACGAAAGUUGUGACGAUUGCUAUGAGGUAGGCGAAAAAACCACAAGGCCUAAUGCCAAAUGGAAAAAAUUCCUACCAAGCCCCCUGGACAACCUGGGCGACCGACCUAAGGUCUAUAGCAAGGCCAAGAGAAAAAACCAAAACCCUGAGCUCUAAGGGAGUGGAGGGUGGGUGACUCACGACGGGAAGGCGGAAAAUGAGGCCGCAUGGCUGGCGCAGCAGCAGGUAGAGCUGCAAACCCCGCCCCCUCCAAGCCACCCGAUUGGGGGCUUACCUGUGGGUGUGGUGCGCCAGCCAGGUGAGUGGGGGGAGCAGGGAGCAACGCUCCCUGCAUGAGGCAGACAUCGGGCCCCGCCCACAACCCCUCCCCUUUGCAAGAGGAGAGGCUUUAUCGAACCUACCGGGAAUAAAAUGACAAAAAUUCACUUUGAAUGGUCAGUGACCCUUUUCUGUGGCACUUAAUUCCAUUUUUAUACCUUAUUUUGAAAGAGACCACAAUUAGCUUUAUUUUGAUACCAAAAUAAGCCCAAUCGGUUGAAAAAUAAGUGAAACAGGAAGUUUUUUUUCUAAACUGAUGCAGAAAUUGCAUUAGCCUAAAUCAUGCAAAAACCGAAAUUUUCAAAAAAUUCUCCUGUGCCCAAUUUUGGACCAAAAAAUCUUAAAAAAUUAAUUUGAGGUUAUCUGAUAGGUAUCUACACAUACACACACACACAAAAUGAAGAAAAUCUGAGUCGUGAGAGCAUGGUCAAGUAUUAAAAUCAGGUGAUUUGGCAUGGAAUGACCCUCUAGAAAGAGACUCCAUAAGGUCAUAAUGUCCCUACUGUAAGUCUGGAUCCAACUGAGUGUUUUGGGUUUUUUUGUAAUUUGAUCUAUAUACAAAGGUUUCAUAUGAAACUGUCCUUUUACUGAGGUUUUCCAAUGUGUAGAGUUGAUUGAUUAUCAGUUUAUUUCAUUGAAUUAAAUAUCUAGAUGGCAGUUCAGUACUUAGUCAACUGAAACCAAACAACUGUCUGGUCUUAGUUCCUCCCCUUUUAGACAUGUCAAUAUUAGGUCUUGUCCAAGAAAUCUGAGAUUGUGCUUUUUUUUUUUUAAUGUGGGGAAAGUGACUUUGUUGAAGACCAUGUAUCUGAGAAUAUAUUUAUGAACAUAUACAAGAUUCCUCUGUUUUCUUCCUUGCCUUGAUAAAGAAAUUAGAAGAGAAGAAGAAAUGGCUGGAUGAAGAGCUAGAGAAAGUUUUGCAUCAGCGGCAAGAGUUAAAAAAUUUGGAGGAAGAUUUAAAGAGAAGAGAAGCUAUCAUUUCCAAGAAAGAAGUGCUGACACAAGAGAAGAGCCAUUUGGAAAUUAAAAAACUGAGAUCCAGCCAGGUGCCUUAUUUUUGUAAUAAUACUUGCUGCUGUCUAAUUGAAGAGGUGUCAUGGAUGCUCCCCAGCAAAACGAAUGCACCUGGCAGAUAGUUAACUCUUUAUUGUCAAAGCUGACCACUUACAGUCAUUUCUAUGGCUCACGCGCACCAGUCUUGCAUGUAGGCAGCUAUUCCCAGGUCUGCACUCUAUGGAGCAGUUGCAGCAACAAGAGGCCACUUCCCCCUCCAUCAGUUUAUGCAUCUUUCCCCAAAAGGCGCCAUGCAUGCAGCCUAAGACUGCGUGGAAGUUGCUUCUGCUCUUCCCACUUCAAUUAUCUCCUGGUUCUGGGAGACAGUAGUGCAGGAGACAAUGGUGAAGCACCCACUUCACUUGCCUGGCCAGGCUUUGGGCUCCUCUUCUUCUAACCUAUUCUGUGCUCCACCCUACUGCUCUGAAGCUUCCCCUGCCUCCAGCUCUUGUCUCCUGGCUGGUACAGUUCCCCACAGAUCACUGGCCCAGACUGCCAUUCCCCUACAUCAGGCAUCCCCAACCUCGGCCCUCCAGAUGUUUUGGGACUACAACUCCCAUCAUCCCUAGCUAACAGGACCCAGUGGUCAGGGUUGAUGGGAACUGUAGUCCCAAAUCAUCUGGAAGGCCGAGUUUGGGGUUGCCUGCCCUACAUGGUGUUAGUGAAAGCAGUUAGCACUCUGCUGCUAUGGUCAAGAGGUUGAGGUUCAAGCAAAAUAGACAUAACUCUCCCCUCCCCUUUUUUUGUAAAUUUGGGCUACGCCCAUACGGGGUGAGAUCUCACAUUAUGGCUAGCUCAGAUCCAGUUUUCAACGUGUGCAUUUUACAUUUUCUGCCUAAUUCCUAAACCACACAUCCACACUAGUGAGCACUCUUUGAUGGGGAUGAAUGUGCUUAGUACAUACACACCCUCCAUUACCAUUUUUUUUCCAAACUGGGCAAGUGUGCAGGUAUUUCUUUACCAAUGCACACACAUCUCUCUCUAUAUAUGGACACCUCUUUUUAUUUGCAAUGAAAAGAGAGUCUUGAAGAUUUCCUCCUAGAUCUGUCACCAGACAGCCAGCUGAGGAAGUCUGCCUGCCUGCUUCCCUGGUGUGCUCUCCUUUCAGUAGAUGAUGGCUUUCUAAGAAAUCCUUAAUGUAACUCAAAUGUAUUGCAAAGAUGCUCCACCUCAGGACCUUUCUGCAUAGCUGUCAACUUUCAGAUUUGAAAAUAAGGGAUCAGCAGCCUCACCUGUCCCGGGGACAGUCUGCGGGAUAUCUAACAAUCCGGGAUAGCAGCGGGAAGCAGCAGGAAACGGCACUGGAAUAAGGGGAUUUCCCGCAAAAAAAGGGAAGGUUGACAGCUAUGCCCUUCUGAUUAGGGAGAGCUGCAACACAAGUUGAAGGGAAGGAAGAUCUCUGAAAAUGGAGCAGAGGCAGCUUUCACAAGCAGGAGCUCAGCUCGCUGGGAUCGCUCCCUCAGCCCCAUCCAGCACAGUCCCCUGACCUUGAGAAGCCAUGGGAAUCCAGCCCUGUUACAUUCAGUUAGCUCUGGAUCCAACCCUAUACUGUCAGUGAACUUUGGAAGGAUUUGUGUGUCAGUUGCUAAAACUUCUGCAAGUGCAGAGUUUCCAUAGGCAUGAUAUAGACCAUAUUCAUUGUAUUGUUUUGUAAUCAAGCACUCUCUAAUAAAGUGGCUAUUAUGUUCUAUUUCGGGGAGGGGUUAUCCUAAAAUAGAUUUUGUUUUCAAUUGCGGCUUUAUAGGCCCUCAAUAAAGACAGCUUAAGAUUAUCGACUCGUCUGAAUAUGCUCAAUCAGGAGUUGUGUGACAAAAAUAUGCAGCUGCAGAGCAGCAGCACUGAUGAGCAAGAAAAGAUUAUGGGAGAGAUCCAGGCUCUACAAAAGGAAAGGGAUCAGCUGUUGAACAGAAGGAAUAGUGUGGAUGAGAAACUGAAGAAUGGCCGAGUGUUGUCACCAGAAGUAAGUAAACUUUUCCAUUCAGUUAAGCACAAUUAUCAACCAAUCGGAAUGACUCUUUUAUAUUAAUGGUAGCUAAAGAGCUAGUGUUUGGAAAUGCUAAAAUAGAAAUGAACCCCAGAGUUUUUCAAAACACAGUUUAAAAAAUAAUUGUGAGGAUACGUAUCUAAAUAACACUGAAUUCAGCGCAUAUAUACAUUGUAGUAAGUUCAUUUAACUCAACGAGACUUAAUUCUCGGGAAGCAUUCAGAGCACCAGGAUGUACUUUAAUAGCACAAUUUUAGAAGUCUGACACUGAAGUGAACUACAUGAGGAAUGGAUACUAUUACCACUUGUAUCUCUGGGCUGAUUUUCCUAGUGCUGCAAACAUGUAAAUAAUUUGGGGGCUUUUGACCACAGGUUGGGAGUAUGAGAAAUCUUACUUCCUGCUGACAAUCAUAUGAAGGAUUUUUCACUAUAUUGCAAAAUAUCCCAGGGGAAAGCAACCCUAUCCAAUAGUAUUGCCACCACCUCUAAAGCCCCCAAAUGUAGAGGCAGGGGAAGCCCAAGUUGUUUCUGGGAUCUUUUGGCUCUUGUCUUUGUGAAUCCCAACAGUCUGGCCACUGUCUUUUGAGCCCCAAGUCCAGUAGCAUAUGACCAAGCAGCCAUAUACCAGAUUCAGAGCCAGGCUUACCUCAAGAAGCCACACGAAGAGUAAAUGAAAUAUUUUAUUGAGGUUACAAACAACAGAAUAAGAACACUUUACAAAUAAAAGGCACUUAAGGAAGGCUCACCAUGUAAAUACACUUUUGGGAAUUAAAGUACAGAACAAAAUAACAAAGCUACCGGUAGCUUGCCUCACCCUAAUCACAGCCAUUAAAGCAAGCUGCAUCAGGCACAUGUGGCUUUUGCAAUACAUGAUCCUUCAUCUGAUUGAAGGCCACUAGAUCCAGGUCAAAAAGAUCUGGAUAUAGAAGGGUAUAUUUUCCUUUAGCCAAUCGGGGCGCAGGGGCAUAUUUCCCUAGCAUUAGAGGGUGUGUAUGCUGGAAGACAAUGCAGCUACUCUCUGGUUUUCAGCGCAAUCAUUGUGACCUGGACACAAUCUUGCAUGGGGCACUCACACAUGUGGCAAAAUGGACUAAUUAAUAGAACUUUCCUUCCCCAACAGCCUGCACCGAAAUCCUAAGUAAAAACUUUAAACUGAGCCAAAGAACUGGAGAUUCCUUUACACAGCUUAAUUUAAACUAUAUACUGUAUUUUUCCAUGUAAAAGACGAUGUUUUUUGCUUAAAAAAAUUAGCAAAAUCUUCUAUACGCCAUUUAGAAAACAUGGUCAUAUGCAUGUAGUUUGCAAUGUAUUUUGAACGUUGACAAAUUUUAAUAAUAUUUCAAAACUUUUCCAAUAGCCUUCUGCUGUGAGCCGUAAUGAUUUGAUAAUCACUGCUCUCUUGCCAGGAGGAACAUGUUUUAUUUCAACUUGAAGAAGGGAUUGAAACCUUAGAAGCUGCCAUCGCUUACAAGAAUGAAAGUAUCCAGAAUCAUCAGGACUCCAUCAGAGCUUCCUCUCAAAUCCUCACACAGAGUGAGGCCAAUGUGAUGGGAAAGUUGGUUUCCUUGUCUGCUACAGAGCUGAGAGCAAUUCUUUUAAAGUAUUUUAAUAAGGUUUGUUGUUUGAACAAUUUAUAACACAGCAAAUUCUGAACAUUUUUUCUGUUGGCAUAAAAUGGCUUCAUGGAGAACUUUCUUUUGCUAAUUAGUGAUCGUUGUGAAGAUAUUUAAUUCUGAAUAGGGUGUAUUUCAUACACACUGUAUAUUCUGAAGCAUGGGUAGAAUCAUAGAAUCAUAGAAUCAUAGAGUUGGAAGAGACCACAAGGGCCAUCGAGUCCAACCCCCUGCCAAGCAGGAAACACCAUCAGAGCACUCCUGACAUAUGGUUGUCAAGCCUCUGCUUAAAGACCUCCAAAGAAGGAGACUCCACCACACUCCUUGGCAGCAAAUUCCACUGUCGAACAGCUCUUACUGUCAGGAAGUUCUUCCUAAUGUUUAGGGUAGGGACGUGAAGCCCUUGUUCUCUUUUCAUGGGCUGGUUGGUAGGAACCCAGAAGAAGAAAAGUGUGGUAGUGAGAAAGCAAUUGAGGGUGGAAGGGGGAAAAGGGAAAGACCUCUGCAAGCGAUCAGGUAAAAGCUCAGGCAAGAGUGAUGUUGCCCUGUCCUGGCAGUCCAGUGUGAGCGAGGGUGAGAAAUAGGGAUGUCAGAAAAAAGAAAUGCUACCGUGAACUCUGGCCCUACCCACCACCAGCUGUGGCCCAUAACAGAUUAUCUCUGAGGCAAUGUGGCCUUGGAGAGAAAAAAAAGGUUCCCCACGCCAUCGUAAAAGAUUACCUUGCAAACUGUGAGUGAUAUCCAUUGUGUCAUACUCAGAGUACACACAUUUAAAUCUAUUAACUUAAGCAGGUCCACUCUGAGAAUCACUAACUGUAUACUGUCCUCUUGAUAAAUACAUGUAGCGUAGCCAUAGAUAAAGCCCAGUAUGUUUUGUUUCUGUUUGUUUUUCUUUUUGGAAGUUUGACAGUUGUGGAAUCUAUGAUAGUUAAUAAAUUAUAUAUGUUUCCUGGGACAUUUGGAUUGGAUGAUUAAAUUGACUUUCAACUCAAGUAUAGGACUCAGAAUAUCUUAUUAGUGAGACUAUAUAAAUGGUGAAAGAUGUAAUGUAUUGGCUUACCAUCGUAUUUUUUCAUACUUGGACUCAUUGCAAAUAUGACCUCCAUAUUUCAUUAUUAUUUUGAAGUGUGGUUGCCUGAUUUCCAUGGCCAGGCAUGCUUUGAUUUGUAAAAAGGAAUGGCUGUUUCUUUUUUAGGUUGUGGGUCUCCGUGAGACUGAACGCAAAUUGCAACUGCAGGCAGAAGAAAUGGGAAUGAGGGUAACGGAAAAAGAGAACAUAGUAAGAGAACUUGAAUCGGCACUUGAGCAUCUCAUGCUUCAAUGUGACAGGCGUCUGACCCUCCAACAGAAAGAACAUGAGCAAAAGAUGCAGUUAAUAUUGCUUCAUUGCAAAGGUAUUUUGGCUUUGAGAACUUUUAAGUAACAUCUGGUUAAUAAUGAUCGCGGGAAGCAGGAUGUCAGUCUGAUCCAACAGGAUUCUUCUACUGUUCCUAAUUUUGAAAUUAUAUCUAGCCACUACUAAAAGUGUAAUUCCAUCAGAAAUGUUCAUAUGACAUGGAAUAUUUGUAUAUUUUACAGUCGUAUGAAAUUACAAAUUUCAUUUCACUCUCUUGCAGUCCAAGGAUAUAAUGUCCAAGAAGCUUAUCCUCAUCCCCACAAAUUCCUACCCAGAUAUAGGCAGCCAGAUAAUGCCUAGCCCACCAGGCGUUGGAUUUUAUUUUAAGAUACAAAACAUAAUUGUAACAAGCAGAAGUAUUGAAAGUAAAAUUAUCUGGGCUCCCUACCCUAUUCUAUAGGAAUGCAAAUGUUCAGAUUUGCUGAAUAUUUCCUCCCACUACUCAAAUAAGUCACAUCUUAAACUUGUUAAUGAUUAUCUUCCUUUGAGCUGAAGUAUUAUGAUUAUGAUUAUCAUUUUUUCCCUCUCGCAUCCUUACAGCUUCAAUUCCCCCAUCUCUCUCCUUCCCUUUCCCCGCUACUAAUCUGUUUUCAUUUGUAAAAACAAUACCUUCCUUUCUGCUGCACUUUUACUAGAGCAUGAUUCCUAGAUUUAUACAUUUGUUUUUUUUUUUUUAAAUCAUAUUUAUUAAAGUUUCCAAAAAUAUAAAAAUACAAAGAAAAAAAGAAAAAGAAAAAGAGAUAUUUAAAAACCUUACUUUCAUUGCCUACUUUCUGGGACUCCCCCCUCCCCCCCCCAACUGUAUUCCCCUUUCCUUAAUUUAGUUCUACAAACUCUCACUCCCAAUUUGAAGCUUAAUUUGUUUAACCCACUAUCCAAAUUGAAUUGUACAAAUCUUACCACCGUCCCACAUCAUUAACAAGAAAAGAAAAAAGAUUUUCCCCAAGAUCCACCCCAGUUCCUUCCACGAAUUCCCUUUUUUUUAAACACGUCCAAUCAAAAUAAAAUGACAUGCGUAAGUUAUGUAAAAAAUAAAAAAUAAAAGAUAUAGAAAAAUUCAAAAGAUAGUUACACAGCCUUUGGAUUUCAAAUCUCCCCCUUCCCGGUUUGAAUUCCCCAUAUCCAUCAGUCUAUGCAUUAUCGGCUUGGAAGUCUCAAUUCAUGACCAAAUUUCUCCCCAAUUCCAUCUUGCCGGUUUUCUUUUAAUUUAUUAGUAAUAUGUAACUUCAAGUGUCCAAUCUAACAAAGGCCUUUAAUUUCCUUGAUCUUUACCACUCCUCCCGUUGUUCUUUCCGUGUCGUAAUCAGUCCUUUGUUCUUCUUUUCCUCACUUUCUCAGGUUUCUUGUCCUGUUCAGCUGCUAAAACUUUCUAAUUCAGAAAUCUGGUAUCUCUGCAGAGGUUUGUUAUUCAGGAACAAAACUUACGUCCAGUCCCUUCCUUUCUUCAAUAGAAAAUUCUAUUGUCUCCUUUAAUGUAAAUACCUCUGUAGACAAAAUACUAUUUCAGUUUUGCAGCUUUCCCAGAAGAUAACAAGUCCUGUGCGAAUCCCAGAGUAUUUUUCCACUUACGACCGUUCUUGUAAUAUCCCGAAACCCCUCUAGGGGGAUUGUAAUAACUUUGUAUCCUCUAAUCCAACAGUCAAAUUGUUGCUUAUUUUCCAACAGUUUAUAUCCAUAUUGUAGCAAAUUGUAGCAAAAUUAACCGGCAAAGUCCUCAUAACAAAGUCCUCUUUAUAUUCUCCAACUUUGACAGCCACUUUGACAGCUGUCAAAGUCUCCGUCUCUCUUCACCAGGCUCCACGAAUCGCCCCGGUUCCCAGGGGGGGGGUUGCAUUUUCUUCUCACCCUCCACUCUUCUCCUCCAGCACAGUUCUUAUAAUUUCCCAUCGUGAAAUUAAUGAUUUUUAUCAAGAAUAUACUUCCCUUUGGACCUUGGUUGCCCAGUCCUUGUUUUGAAAUGCUUACAGUAGGGGGGGGGAUUGACUUCCUUUUUAAAUCACCCCCGCUCGUGCCAAAUCCGAAAUUUUGUACCCGGUUUCCCAAUUACUCACGGGUUGUUGUUAAUAGUCCAAAUUUUCAAUGGAAGAAGUCAGCGCUCUCCGUCGAAUGGCAUGCGGCUGCGCUCGGCAGGGAAAGCAGAGGACUCAAAGCACCACGCCGCUCCCCGGCACCCGAUCCGAAGCCUUUAAAAAGGCUCCUUCACGAGUCGGGAGGGCGCUAAUGGUGCAAGCCGAGUCACCCAUGUCCACGGACUCCGUGCCCGUGGUUUUUAAGGGUCCCCGCGUCGCCGGCGCGGUAGGACCCAGCCCCUGCCGAGCAGACUCCCUCCGGAGCUCGGAGGGAGUCCGCCAUUCGGCGAUGGCGCCAACCCGGAAGUCUCCCUAGAUUUAUACAUUUGAACAUACUGUAGCACGUAACAUUUACACUUUGAGACAAAUUACAAAUGAGAUGCAGUAUACACUAUCUGCAACUCUGUUUGUGCUAUAAUGAAGUUUGAAUCUAAACUUAGUUCUGUCUUUCUAGAAGAAGAUGGGGAGAGUAUUGCAGAAACUUUUAAGACGUAUGAAACUAAAGUCCAACAACUGGAAAGAGACUUGUUCUUCUAUAAGAAAACUAGCCGUGAAUUAAAGAAGAAAUUAAAGGAACUGGUUGCAGAAUCAAUACACCAUCCUCUGACACAAAGUAAAUAUUAGAAGUAUUGUAAUUCUGAAACAUACAUAGCUGCAAUGUAACUCUUACUCAGCUUGGGAGCAAAACUCCUAUUAAUCACAAUGAAGUUGGAUUUAUUUUAACAUUAUCAGUAUAGAGGAUAUUUUAGAUUUCAGGUCUCUUUAAUUUUCUUAAUAGCUUUCAGAUGCAUUAAAAAACAUUUUACCCCUUUAGCUUUUGCUGACUUGGAUCAUUAAGUUCGUACUCAGAAAUGGAGAUGAGGGAAGACAAUUUUCAAUGAUUUUCCCCAUGCUCCCUGUUUUUCCCACUAUUGGGCGGGGGCCUUCUGCAACAGCUUGAGAGGUGGUGUUGGGGGCUGCAGGGGAAAUGGGCAAAAAUAAUUUCCCAGCCGUUUCCUCCAGCAGGAGCCCCUGCUAAACUACACUUCCCUCCAGGAAUGCAGCGAGCCCUUCUGUUUUCCAGCAAGGUAACUAGGGAUCUCAGUAUAUUUUACUCUUUUUAUUUUUUUAGCUAGCAGUGUUUUUCAUUUAUUAAUUAACACCCUCGGGGGAUACUGUAAUAACAGCAAACAGCUGAACCAAGUUAGAUUCAUAACAUUACAAAACAGAACAAACCAUAAUAGUUCCCCCAAAGCAUCCAAGCCAACUGCAUUUUAAACAAUAUUUCUUUUUAGGUAAUUGUUCCAGUGAUGGGAUACUGAAUCGAGAAGAAGUAAUUACCUUGUCAGAAGAAUUCAAACGGACAUCCACACCAACAGGGAAAUUAAAAGAAAUAAACUCCCCAAAGGGUGAUUUAGGAGCACAACAGAAUUCAUACAGAUUUGAAGAGGAAGUUGCAGAACUGGGACCCAACACAUCCAACAGUCACGAAGAGCAAGCAGGAAAAGUACACCAGCCUGCAAAAUCUCACCCACAAGUGUGUUGUCCUUCUCAGGCGAGAGAGACUAUGACACAGCUUCAAGGAGUAACCCCAGUAAAACUUCCUCGCAAAGAAUUGCGCUAUAUCCCUGCUUCUGAGCUUUCAUCAAGGCGUUCUGGCCUUGCAGUUGGUAUAAAUUCUGUUCCUGCUGAUUCUAUUGAAAUGCCUAGAAAAUCUGACUAUAAUAUAUAAUUAUCCUUGUAAUAUUUUGAAAGCAAUUACACAGUUCCCUUUAUUUCCAGUUUAUUUCAGGCAGCUACGAUAUUUGAGUUAUUUCACAUUGCGUGUCUCACACUGAUCAUUUAUUGUGUCCCAUAGAAAUCUGAGGCCUUAAUAGCAGAGUGAUUAUAUCAGGGGUUGAAACCAAAGGACUUUUUGUCCUUAAAGAAUAAAUUUUAUUUGUACUGAUUUUUCCUUCAGAGUAACUGAUGGAUUUUUAUUCCACGUCUUCAUAAAUGCAUUCUUCUAUACCGCAAAGAAUCUUAGGGCUGGUUCACAAAAUACAUUUUUAGUUGCAUGAGUUAUCAUGAUCAUUCUUGAGUGCAUAUUUAUGAAGACAAACAAUGUAUAAAAGCAACCACAGUUACAGUCUUAUUGUAUAGCUGUGGGGGGCAGAAAUCACAUUAGGUUAAAUGCUGCUGACUGUAUGAUUGGUUAUUUUUACACAUUAUUUGUCCAUAUGAACAUGGUGGUGGUGACAGCCUGGAGCACUCACAUGGAAAAAAGAAAUCUGGUGUGAACCAGCCCAUUGUAAUAAAGGUCUUCAUAGAUACAGCAGCAAUACUUGGUUUCCAGUCCAGGCAUACUUAUGCUGAAGUUUGACAAAGCACUUGUGACUGACCAAAGCCUUGGGUUGUGAAUGUCCUUUAAAAACAAAACACGAGUACAGUGUUUCUAAGAAAUUAAUGUUUUUGCAAGGAAAUUAAUUUUGCCCAACUCAUAUUUUAAUUGAAUAUGCUCUCAAGCCCCAAUUUCUCUUUCUUAUAACUAACUCUGUUGUUAUGUGACUUUGAAACUUUCUGUGGGGAGAAAGUUUUUUUCCAUAAUAGAAAAGAAACAUUUUUAUUGGCUCCAGGGAAAUUACUCUCUGCUGCUAGAGCUAUGCCACGUAUCACUGAGAUAGAUGUAGAUGUGCUGUCAGUGAACUAGGGCAAUAAAGUUACCCUGCUUGGAAGGCACAGCUGUGUAUCUCUUAGCGUGAAGUACAUGAUAAGUUAGAAAACUGCUUUGUCUACUCGACUUGGUGUAGACAUAACACUUACUGUGGAUAAAGGGACCAGGAGCAGACUUGCAUCAUAUAUACUCACUCUUCCUAUGAUAAUUCCCUUGACCCCCGUUUCUCAGUACAGAAGGUCAUUGUUAGUUCUAGAUAAAAUUACUCCAGGGGCACUUCUAAAUUUUUGUUUUUCUCAUUGGUUCCCAAGUUGUUUAUUAUCUGUGCACAGGACGUGUUUUGUGCACGGAAGGUAUUCCAAUCCAGCAGAGUCUCCAGCUAGCCAAAGAUGGGUGACUUCUCCCAUAUUGUUCCCCGGCCUCCUGCAGUAAAUUUGAAAGACACAGAACGGUCAACUAGCAAAAACUGCCUCCACCCCCCUUUCCAUUGGCUGGAGCAUCCCAAGUGGUAGUCCUUUCAUGGGGCCUCUAAAAUCUAAGCCAAUGUGUGCCUAGUUUCUUAAAAAAUUAAAAAAAAAAUACAGGAUUGUAUCAAACUCUGUCCCUCUGCCAACAAAUGAUACUUUUGAUCCAGUAGAUGCUUGCAUGAGUGGGAGGUCAAAGGUGAUUUGGGCAAAUUCCCUUAUUCCCACUGCUCUCUCAUUCUUCCCAUGUUGUUCCAGAGGAUCCUCUAGCCUUCUGGAGCAGGGUUGGGAGACAUAAAAAGGGAGGAAAUGUUACGGGGGUGAGCAGCUCUCUGGACUCUCUCAGCACCUGGAUGAAACCUUUACUACUGAUCUUUGGGGUAGACUAUUGUGCAUUAAAUAUUUGUCAUGAGUGUGAGUGUUCAGAUGUACUUUACAGAUACUUAAUAGCCAUUUUUGCAAAUUUGGGCACAUCAAUCUUUGCACUUAAAAAUAUUGAGUACACGGCACUUUGCUGGAAGAAGAGUUGUCAGUUCUGGCCUUUUCUCCCUCCCCUACUCUGCCUGCCAGAGUGGCAGGGAACUCUGUUCAAGAGUGUAGGAGAUUAAUUAAUGAAACCCACCUCUAUCCUCCUUACUCCAAUGGGAGCCUCCUCAGGAUAUUGUUCCUUUUUCCUUUCCACAGGAGUCUGGAUCCAGCCCAUUGCUUUGAAUUAUUUUUUGCUUAGGUUGCAUUUUUUUAAAAAAACUGGAUAAUAUCUUACACAGUUGCUAUCCGCUUGUAGGCAUCAUUAACUUCCAGUAGUGAUUCUUAAGAAGAAACCUUUCUGGUCAGGAUAUCAGGAUAUCAUGUUUUAAGAUAGACUGUGAACAUGCUAAAAACCAUAGUUCAUCCUACUCUGUGUCAGUGUGUCCAACUGCUUUAUUUGUAAACUAAAAUAUUUUACAAUUUCUCAAGACUGAAAUAAUUGUUUUAAUUGCAUUUGUUAUUUGUUGCUUUGUUGAAUCGUGAUUUGAGAGUUUUGCAAAGGGGUAUGGUCUUAAGUUCAAAUAUUUCACUCUUUUAACAUGUACUUAUACAACCCAAAUACAAACAUUCUAAAACACAAAAUGAAGUACAGUAAAUGUUUCCUACAGUAUCCAACUUCUUUAAAAAGGUGCAGCAAAGGGGGCUGUGUGGGUUGGUCAGUUCACAACAUCACAAAGCUAAUCAGCACAGUGAACAGCUGCUGUAAAUGUAUGGAGCUUUCUUUUUCCUUUAACGCUUAGCUUGAUGCUGGAGAGGAAAUGUUGCAGAGAACCUUUCAGCAUGGUUCCACUGUUGAAACAGUAUUAUCAACUAAUUGCUAUAAAUUACAAAUGUCUUAGCUUUCAUAACACGUACCCAUAUACUAAAUUAAUAAUCAUCUUUUAAAGCAUGGGUUUCCAACAUGGACACUAUGGCUUGCUUGAGGUCUUCCAUGGGUGUCCAUUCCUUAAAGCCUCUUAUGUGCUUUUCAAGGUUCAUUAUUAAUUUUCUUGGCUGACUUUUACACAGCAAGGUGUGUCCGUGGGUGGGUGUUCUCCGUCUCAGGAGAAGGGAUAGUAACUUUAAAGGUGUUUUAAUCUUCUCACUGCUUUAGGCAACCAAUGUGGACACCACCUGUUCAGAAAAUGUCUUAAGUCAUUGCAGCGCACAAGUAGGCAUGUCUAAAUUGAUUUCAGAGAUGUAAAGCAGCACUGUUGGCCUAAUAAAGUUUGCUUUUUAAUUUA